AUGGCCAUCACCAACGCCAUCACCGACCUCAUCUCCUCCUUCCUCGAGCUCUUCUCCUCCCUCUUCCACACCGUCUUCGCCAUCACCAACUCGUUUGUCUCCGGCAUCCUCAGCCUCUUCAACGGCUUCUUCAUCUUCAUCGGCGACAUCUUCAAGGGUGUGUUUGACGUCGUAGGCGGCGUGGGCAGGUUCCUUGCCGGCAACAUUGUCAUCCUGGGUAUCAUCGCUGCUGCUGGGUAUGCAUAUGUCCGCUUUGCUGGUCAGCAGACGGGCCGGUCGGGGCGACCCGUUGCGAAUGGUGUCGGAAAGGGGUUGAAGACGCAGUAA